ACAGCUUAGAAAAUGUCUUGAAAUUAUUAACUUUAUCACUUAUCACAUGGAUUAGCAUAUGCAUGUGAGUGUAGCAAUUACAAAGUUGACUGAUUUAUCUUACAUAUACCAAAUACUAAAACUCCAUCUUCUAAAAUAAACCAACUUUAACAAAUUAAAAGCACAAAGGAAUCUCCAAAUUAGUGAUGGAACUUGUUUCCACUGUGAAUGAUACUUGGAAAUACUUUGCAGCAGGAAGUUUUGUUGGGUUCACCCUGUUGCUUCUUUUAGCUUAUCAAACUCAACCAUAUACAAGCCUAUUGGCUACGCAAAAUACGGUGGUUGAAUUCGCUUCGUUGAGUGAAGCUGCCGCGAUCAAGCCUUUGGAGCAUUUUAAUAUAACUGUUAUUUCAGAGAAGCUGAAUACAACAUCAUUUGAUCAAGAUGUUGAUGAAAAGAAGAACACCACAACAUCAGUUGAUGAUAAUUUGAUGAAUACAACAUCAGUUGAUGAAGAUGAUGAAAAGCCGGCUAAUAAGAAGAAUUGUAAUAUGUUUGAAGGGAGAUGGGUGUACAUGCCGGAAGAAGAUCCUAGCUAUGAUUCAACUAAGUGUCCAUUUAUGGAGGAAAAAAUGAGCUGCCAGAAAAAUGGGAGGCCGGAUUCCGAGUAUGAGAAGUGGAGAUGGGAAGCUAAUGAUUGUGAUAUACCAUUGUUCAACGGAGUAGACAUGCUUGAGAGGCUGCGAAACAAGAGGGUGAUUAUGGCAGGGGACUCACUAAAUCGAAACAUGUGGAUGUCUCUUGCUUGUCUUCUUUAUUCCUCCAUUCCUUCUUCUAGUGUUGAAGUCAGUGCAGAAAGUCCAGUUUACAAGGUUCUCAAAGCCAAGGACUAUAAUUGCACAGUUGAGUUCUACUGGAGCCCUUUUCUUGUUGAAUUCGUAGAAAAGCAUGCAAGUGGCCGCAAAGUUCUUGUGCUAGACAAGCUGUCACCAAAUUCUGUGCAGUGGAAAGGGGCUGAUGUUAUGGUAUUCAACUCAGGUCAUUGGUGGCUUCAUGGUGGCAAAAUGAGAUCGUGGGAUUUAUUCGAGUAUGAAGGGAAGCUAGUAGAGGAGAUGCCGAUAGAGUUAGCAUACGAACGAGCUAUGACAGCAUGGUCAACAUGGAUCAAUAAAAACGUGUACGUGGAUCCCAACAAAACAACCAUAUUUUUCCGAGGCCUUUCAGCAGUGCACCAAACAUCAGCAGAUUGGUGCUAUAAUAUAACACAACCUAUAGACGAGGAAUCAAUCAAGUCAUCCCCCCAACGAUCUGAUGUACUCGUCAACGUUAUCAAGAAUGUCAUUCAAGGGAUGAGUAACAUAAUACAAGUCAAAUACUUGAACAUCACAAAGUUGUCACAGUACAGAAUAGAUGCUCACCCUUCAAUUUAUAGGAGUAGUCAAUGGCAACUUAUGAUCAAGAAAUUUGAGAAUAGUCUAACAGGUUAUGCUGAUUGUAGUCAUUGGUGUCUUCCUGGAUUGCCUGAUACUUGGAAUAGAUUGCUUUAUGCUUUUCUUUUUUAUAAUACUUUCGGAGAUAUGUCUACUUAGAUUUUUUUUUUUUUUUUUUUUUUGUGGAGGUAAAUUUUUUGAACAGUUAUAACUUGCUAUAGAAGAUUAAUGGAAAAGUUGGGCCAAGGUUUAACUUUUACCUGUUUAGUAUAAACAAGUUUUAUUUCUUUUGGUUUAAAGUUGUUUUGCUAUGUGGGCUAGUCACUCAAUUGGUAUAACCAUCUUAUGUAAUACGGGGUAUUCCGUACUUAGAUUUCGUUAAAUGUUAGUUUUUUCUACUUUUAAGUCGUAUUUAUAUACUACUCCAUUAUAUUGA